ACGGUUCCCACCGCCCUACCCCUCUAAAACCCCUUUCCUCCUCCCUCCCUACAGACCUCUUUCGCCGCCCAGCCGGCGUCCUCCCCGACCGCUGGGUCCCCCGACGCCGUUCAGGGUCCAGAUGUUAGUGGCUGAGGUGCUCAGAGCAGGAGCGUACAUCUCUAGGUUUUCUCGACAUGCAUGCAAAGUAUAUACAUACUAGCAGAAUGGAUCGUGUUUCAGGUUACAAGAUUCUCCAGCACUGGUUGUUCACCAAUUUCUCAAUUUAAAAUCCAUCAAUUUCUGGACGUCAGCAGAAAACUAAAGUCUCGCCGCUUUAAUCAAUCCCGACUGAUAGCGAUGGCUACAACUCCCGCCAAUGGUGAUUCACAUAAUGGUCCUCAGAGGAACUAUCAGGUUGUUGUUGCUGCCACUCGUGAAAUGGGCAUUGGGAAGGAUGGGGUCUUGCCAUGGAAGCUUCUUGGUGACCUUAAAUUCUUCAAGGAGCUGACACUAACUACAUCUGACCCUGCCAAAAAGAAUGCAGUUAUAAUGGGAAGGAAAACAUGGGAGAGCAUACCUGUUAAGUCAAGGCCAUUGUCUGGUCGUUUGAAUGUCAUACUUACUCGAUCUGGUAGUUUUGAUUUUGCAACAGUAGAAAAUGUUGUCAUAUGUGGAAGCAUGAACUCUGCCUUAGAACUACUAGCAUCAACUCCAUAUUGCUUGUCGAUUGAGAAAGUUUUUGUAAUAGGUGGUGGACAGGUACUGAGGGAGUAUCUUAAUGGACCUGCAUGUGAGGCUAUCCAUCUAACUGACAUUCAGUCAAGCAUUGAGUGUGACACUUUCAUUCAUCCAAUUGACUUCUCUGUGUUCCAGCCAUGGUAUUCAUCCUUCCCGGUGGUAGAGAGCAACAUUAGGCAUUCUUUUGUGACCUUUGUUCGUGUUAGAAAAUCAGCGGCAGAAACUCAUGACUCAAAUGGCAAGGAAUCAACUGAGGUUGAUACCAAGAAUGACAAGUUUGAAACUGAGAAUUUCUCUUUUCUUCCGAAGAUGAUAUUUGAUCAUCACGAGGAGUAUCAUUAUCUCAAUCUUGUUGAAAAUAUUGUAAGGACUGGUGCUCAGAAAAAUGACAGGACAGGAACAGGAACAUUGUCAAAAUUCGGUUGUCAGAUGCGGUUCAACUUAAGGAAGAACUUUCCCCUGCUGACAACAAAGAGGGUAUUUUGGCGUGGCGUUGUUGAAGAACUCCUGUGGUUCAUCAGUGGCUCAACAAAUGCUAAGGUUUUACAAGAGAAAGGUAUUCAUAUCUGGGAUGGCAAUGCUUCAAGAGAGUAUCUUGACAGUGUUGGGUUGGCACACAGGGAAGAAGGUGAUCUUGGUCCAAUUUAUGGAUUUCAGUGGCGACACUUUGGUGCUGAAUAUACUGACAUGCAUGCUGACUAUACUGGAAAAGGUUUUGAUCAGCUAAGGGAUGUGAUUUGCAAGAUCAAGAAUAAUCCUGACGAUCGGCGAAUAAUUUUGUCUGCGUGGAACCCUUCAGAUCUCAAGAAGAUGGCCCUUCCUCCUUGCCAUAUGUUUGCGCAAUUUUAUGUUGAGAACGGGGAGUUAUCCUGCCAAAUGUAUCAACGCUCUGCAGACAUGGGACUUGGUGUUCCAUUCAACAUUGCAUCAUAUUCUCUUCUCACAUACAUGAUUGCUCAAGUUUGUGAUCUUUCUCCUGGAGAUUUUGUCCAUGUUAUAGGGGAUGCUCAUGUCUAUAGAACCCACGUUCGAGCUUUGGAGGAGCAAAUUCAGAAGAUACCUAAACCAUUUCCAAUUUUGAAGAUAAAUCCUUCAAAGAAGGAUAUUGAUUCUUUCGUGGCAUCAGACUUCAAGCUGGUUGGCUAUGAUCCUCACCAGAAGAUAGAGAUGAAAAUGGCAAUAUAGUGGUGGCUCAGCUGGAGCCUCGCUCUAUGAGCUCGGGAAAUUACUCGGACUGCUAUUAUAUAAGAAUUAACUGAACAUCGCACUAGCUUUUUUGGUGGUGGUGCUGAAUGUUCAUUUGGAGACGUUCUCCGCCUAUUUGCUAUUGUACUUUGGUUGCUAACUGAGCUUUACAAAAUUGGCUCCCCUUUUACCAGGAGCCUAGUGUUGAUGACUCAUUGUGAGUGAGAGCUGCUUUGAGCACACCCUGUUGCAAGGGCCAACUGGGGUGUGCCCCGUGACGAUGUGCCUCGUGAAAUCCAUGUAGCUCGAAUUGUGCACUUCGUUAAACUUGGUAGUGUUUGGUA